AUGAAACGACACACUGGGAAGAGGAGGCGAGAGAGAGUGAUGAAGGUGCAAAGACCUGAAGCAAGGCCUUCCUCCUCUUCUUCUCCCUUCUCCAUUGUGGAGAAAAAACAAAAACAAAAAACAAAACAAAAACCAGACCUUUCCAUUGGCUCUUUACCCGGGAGAGGAGGAGAAAGAUGGGAGGACCUGCUCGAAUUCCUCAAAGCUGCUCAGAUUUCCUUCGAGCCGCCGUCGAGCGACGAACAUCCACUCGGCUACUUUUCUCCUUCGCCGAGCUCAAGCAAGCUCUUCGCUGAAACGAUGUUACGAGGUGUCGCUGUGUUCCUUCUGCUAGCUCUGGCUCUUUCUCGCGCAGAGGAGCUGCAGAGCAAGAGCAAAGUGUGUGCCAAUGUCUUCUGUGGCGCAGGCCGGGAGUGUGCCGUCAAUGAGAAGGGAGAGCCCAGCUGCCUGUGCAUAGAGAGCUGUAAGCCCCACAAGAGGUCAGUAUGUGGCAGCAACGGUAAGACCUACAGGAACCACUGCGAACUGCACAGGGAUGCCUGUCUGAGCGGACUGAAGAUCCAAGUGGCCCACGACGGACACUGCCGCGAGAAAAAGAGUGAGCAGGCAGCUGCCAGCCCAGUGGUGUGUUACGCUGCAGACCGCAACGAGCUGAGGGGCCGUGUGAUCCAGUGGCUGCAGACUGAGGUAGUCCCAGAUGGCUGGUUUGUCAAGGGCUCCAACUUCUCUGACAUCCUGCUCAAGUACUUCAAGUCGUACGACAGCGGCGAUUCCACGCUGGACUCCUCUGAGCUGCUCAAGUUCAUCCAGCACAAUGAGUCAGUGGCGACUGAGAUGCAGUCCUAUGCCGACCAGGAUAGCAACGAGCUGCUUCGGAGUCUCUGCGUCGAUGCCCUCAUUGAGCUGUCCGAUGAGAAUGCCGACUGGAAGUUGAGCUUUGAUGAGUUUCUCAACUGCCUGAAGCCCGGAUUCAACCCGCCCGAGAAGAAAUGUGCCUUGGAGGAUGAGACUUUCGAGGACGGCGCAGAGACACAGGUGGAGUGUAACCGCUGCGUGUGUGCAUGCGGCAACUGGGUAUGCACUGCUAUGACCUGCACAGACAAGACAGCUGCUGUGGACGAGUCAACAGAUGGUGGUGCGGAGAUGACAGAGGAGGAGUGGAACCUCCGUGUGGCCGAGCUGAACAAACACCAGGAAACAGUGGAAAAAAUGAAAGCUAGCACAAAGGAGGCCUAAAUGAGGAUGCGGAAAAAGAGAGGAUGCACACUACCACCCUUCCUCCAUACUUGACUUACCUUGCAGCCUGUGUGUUGUUCUGACUUUGACAUGUUUUCUGUACUAUUAUAAUUGUUAUUAUUAUAAAUUUUUUUACAGUGUUAUGUUGACGUUGUUUGAUUACAGGGACUAUCUUAUGAUUCCCUAGUGUUCAGUACUGUCAUAUUUGAUUGUAUUAACUACUAUUGUACACUUCUUACUACAUAUUUUUGCAGUUCUUAAGGUAAAAAAAAAAAAAACAGGAUGUCAGUGUUUUAGAGAUUUAAAAGCAUUGGUUUCAUGGUUAGAAGCAAGGUAGUGGGAGGGUUCAACUGCAAGUUAUACAUAUAUACCAUACUCGACCAAUGCCCUCAUUUUAUUUCUCUUAACCUUUCUUGAUUCAUCCAACCAACCAACCUGAGCUGUUUUGCAUGUUAUUAGGCAUUCUGUGACAAUUUUUUUACAUUUUUUUUUUUUUUAAAUCUUGUAUUUCCAGUUUCUUGGUGCCAUUUGAGUUGUAGCUUGUCAUGUUCCCACUCAGAUACACUGUAAGGGCAAAGGUAUUGGGACACUAACAUACUACUUUGUUGAUGCAAUGUACAUCCCUCUCCGGGGGUCUCUUCAUCUGUGUCGCUUUCAUGCAUACGGUAGAUUGUUCGCACACAGAUCCUGGAUCAGAGCUGUAGCUUUAUCCAGCUUUGCCUUUUUACACGGAACCCAAAUUGUUUUCAUUCACUCCCACUCUCUAUGUUGCUGUUCUGUAAAAGUAGCACUGACAUGGAAUAGGGAGUACAAAGUCGAGUAUCUGAGUCGGUAUGGUACCUUUGUGUAAGGGAAUGGUGGAAAGAUGGAUUAGAAGUGUGCAGUUGAACUUCUGACACUCACAUCUGCCAUCCUAUUGUGUUGAAAGCCAAGUUGUCGCAAAGGCAGAUAAAUGUUCCCUGUGUCAAACUUCACACUUCUGCCCCGCCUUUCCAGCAUUCCCUUGCGAGACCGCAUCUGAGCAUAGUGUGGGGAGGGGGCGGGGGGGGGGGGGGGGGACGUCUGAAACCAAAGAUGUGCUGAAGAUGUUUUGAAUUAUGUACACAAAUUUCCAGGUAACAAAUUACUCUGGACCCAGCAACAACACUUAUACCUUUCAAAAUUACUCUUUAAAAAAGGACUAGCCUUGCUUUUGUAAGUACAUAACUAACCGGAUGCGUGUGUUUUGUGUGUUUGAGAGAGCAAGUGUGUGUCUGCUGUUAAAUGUGCUUUUCUUUUUCGUAUCUUGAUUAGUUAAAAUCCUGCGUCUAAAUUAGGAAAAUAAAAAAAAUAAUAAUUGUGCCUUUGACUUGCAAAUAGUGUUUUGACCACACAGUGAGAGUGGUUUUGCUGAUGUUUGGUUGUUGGUGAGUGGCAUGUGACUCAUACAUAUAAAUACCUUGUGGAGAUCUUUAUAGACCACUAAAAGUGACUGUAAGGAAUAUGUAUGGAAGCUAAUAAAUCUUUGUACACCAGAUAA